UUCAAUCAUAUGUCUUUCACUCUACUAUUUGUCGUAAUAUUUGUCGAUAGUAUGAUAUGCCAACCUAAGUCGGUUAAUUUGAACACAUUCUCUGGAAUCGCCUAUAUACACUUAUUGAUUUAUACUAUUGCAAUGGAGAUUGCAAUUGGUCUACAAUGCACCAAAAUAUUUCCAUACUUUAUGGAGCUAACCGUUAUAUACAGAUGUGUUAUAUACCUAUUGACAUGGCUAAUUCUUAGUUUGAUUAUAUACAUUCAGUACCUAUUGAUGACAACAAAUCACCAUAAAUGUAACACUGGGGCAAAUCAAGGUAGAACAGAUUCUGCUAGUUUAGAAAAUGGAGACAGACAACCAGUAGGCGGCAAAACUGGGAUCAACAUUUCAAAAAAUCAAAAGGGUUCAACACAACGAUGUACAUGUUCUAAGUAACCAUGGUUAAACUAUUUAAUUGUCUUCAUACAAUCACAGAGGAGAUUUCUUUUAUUUCGAAGGCUUUAUUAACUGAACUGAUGACAAUUUACAGUCAAUAGUGAAAGGAAUGUAACAGAAAUUCC